AUGGCUUCAGACGCGUCAGGAGUGCCCUCAACUUCAUCAGAGGACCAGAGGGAUGAUGGGACUCAGGUGGUCCCCACCCACACAGAAGCAGGGGUCCCAGGUGACCCCAGCUGUGGCAAAGAUUCCUCUAAAGCCACAGCAGAGUCAGCAGAAGGAGAUGAGGAAGGAGUGAACGUGUGCCCCUUUUUCCUGAUGGGGAAGUGUCAUUUUGGUCACAGAUGUCGUUUGUCUCACAGUGACCCAUUGAUAGAUGAUUCAGGCGCUGUUCCUUCUGACCAGGAUGACAAACAGGAAGAAGAAAAGAUGGAAAAACACAAGAAGAAAAAAGGCAAAGCGAAUAAAGCAACAAAGCCAAAAGACGACGAGGGAAAAGAUGUGAGUAAAAAGCCUCGCAUGCGCACAGCAGAUGAUGUUAUCUCUCGGAUCCUGUGGGACCCUUCAGUAGAUGCAUCCAAAUUUGUAGUGGGGUAUGUGGAUCGCUUCCUUGGUGUGCUGGAACGUCCGUUCUCUGACUUCAACUGGGAUGCCAACCCCUGUGACUGCGACUACACUACUGAGCUUGCCCUCCCCAGACACAGGAUCCAGUACUUCACCUACAGAGGGCACCGCGUCUGGGACCGCCACAGCAGGACUGACAGGGUGUUUGGCUCCACCGGUCAAUCUUUGGCUCCCCCCUUUGGAGGGGAGGAGGAAGUAGAGGAAGACCAACAACAACAGGAGAGGCUGAUUUUGGAACAAGAUUGUCUGGAAGUGACAGAGGACCAGCCACCUGCUGCGAGUGGGCAGGAAGAGAGGGAAACAGAGGAGUGUACUCAAACUGAGAACACACAUCUGGAGGAAGAGAAGCAGAAUGAGAUGAAUAUCUACGCUCCUGACUCAGCACAAGCAGCUCCAAAGUGUAGAUGCGACGCUUCUCAGGAACAAGAGGACUCACAAGGAGCAUGUGUUGCGGAGGAGGCGUCAAAUAGACUUAAUGAGUCAAGAGACCAAUUGUCUUCAUCCCAAAAAGAGGGAGCAAGCGUAGAAAUGGAGGGUAAGGAAGACGCUUCCGAAGAGUGGGCAGAAAGUUGGGAAGGCAAUGAAAAUGUUUCGAGUUAUAUGGCAGCCAAGAACAUCGGCGUGAAUCCGUCCGCACCUUUGGAGCAGAGAGAAGAGAAGCGUGCUGGUCGGCCCCCUAAAACACUCCCUACGCACUUCAUCACCUUCAGAGCCAACACUCCCGCUAUCCUCACUUGUUACCAGCAGCUACAGGAGGAGCUCAUCUGCCUUAUCCCCUCCUCUGCCCCUCACUGGCAUCCCGCCUCCGCCCUUCAUGUUACUAUGUGCCUCCUGAACCUGUCGGGUCCAGCUGAAGUGGCCGCCGCUGGGGAGAUGCUCCGACGCUUUGCCCAUUUGGAUCGCAACCCUCCGGUGGCUGUGACCUUCCCCAUAAAGCUGAAACAUUUCAACGGGAAGGUGCUGUACCUGAGCCCCCAGCCUCAGCUUCCCCUCCAGCAUCUCAACAGCGGCCUGCAGGAGGCCUACAGGAAGGAGGGCUGGCUCCACAAGAAUUCCUACAACCCACGCUACCACCUCACAUUGGCUAACUUCAGGGACAGGGAGGGAGAAAGGAUUUUUGAAGGGGUGGGAGACCUGAAGGUGGGUAAGGGUUUAAAUUUUGGCCGUCUUCCAGUGAACACCUUGCACCUUUGUGCCAUGGGUGGUCCCAGUGUAGAUGGUUUUUAUAAGACCAUCUGCACAGUAACUCUUCGAUAAUAGAAAACUGUGCACGUACACACGCGAACGCACACGCACACGCACACGCACACACACACACACACACACACACACACACACACACACACAACACACACACACACACACACACACACACACACACACACACACACACAAUAUAUGUUGAUACCUCACAUAAGACUCUGUGUAAUACCUCUGAGCAGGAUUUGCACUGAUGAUGUAGUCACCCAAAUUUGAUGUCUUUGUUUUAAUUUCUAGGUUUUUAACCUUAUUCUGUUAUAAUGCACUUUUAAAGACCAUUUUGGUGAAGGAUGUUUUUAAGGGUGAAGUGUAUGAAAUUCAACUUAGUGAAGGGCUGCAGGACAGUGGCAAGCACACUACCCUCAAUUACACUAAACUGUGUACUCUGUCGGUGUUGAGCAGAAACCUUGUAUUUCCAUAUUUUGUCUUUUUUGUUUCAUAAAUCGAUGCUUUUGUGACAUUUUAAGUCUGUGUGGGUUCUACAAAUAUUCAGCCAAUGAAAAGUAGUAAAAAGAGCUCCAGUGCUCGAUUAGAUGAAUUGGAUUUUUUAAUUUCCUGAAACGUAACAGUUUUGGACAUACAAGGUUUACACUCGACAGCAACAUUUUAAUGGUUGCACUUCACUUAAAUUACAAAAUGAUUAAAAAAUAUAUAUAUAUUUGUAAUUUUUGUUAAUGAAUGAUUUUUAUUCUGAAACAGGCAGCUAUUAUAUGCCAUACCAAUAUGUCAAGAUGAGAAAUGAACCUAGCCUAUACAUAAUAGGUAAUGCAGGCUGGUGCAAUAGAUCCAUAUAUUGUCUUUUCUUUUUUUAGUGGCUCUUUUUAGUUGACAGAAAUUAAAAAAAAAAAAAAAAUACCACUUAACAUCACCCACAGUGUACACACAUUAAUAAUUAAGAAUUUGCAGAGUUGUGCCAAAUCGGUCUUCAGGUCGAGGAGGACUCACAUGAUUUUGUUGUUUCCCUUUGAACACAAACAGAGAGAACAGGGAUAUAAAUGAUGAUGUAACGCCACACUUUUCAUCAGAUUUGAGUCAUUAAAAAAUGUAUGUUUUUGUCCCUCUGUCUAUUAUCAAGUGAACCAAACUUGCUUGGGCAUCGUUCACAAUGUCUACAAUUUUCUAUUUUAAUACUACACAGACAGGACAUAUGCACCUGCCAUACACACUCAUGUAGGAGACAUAAAUUGUUCACGAGGGGAAAAUAUGGUGUUUUCUAUAGAGCGAUUUAGCCGAAGUAGAUUUAUUCUGCAGCUCCUAAUUCCAUGAUUUAUACAAUCGGUUUUAAAUGAAUAUUGUAUUGGCUGUGUUGCACAAGAAUGAUGACUCUGUGUGCUUUUCCAAUGAAUUAUAACUACUAGAUUGUCAAAGACAUUAAAUAUUGAAUUGGUUAUUUUAAGUCCUGUGAGUGGUGAUAUUUUAUCAGUGCUGUGAUGGAUGGCAUGGAUGUGGUACUGUUGCUGUGCGUUAAUAUACAGCCACGCAGAGGCUGUGUAAAUGCUCCCUGAGCAACUCUUGCAUACAUAAUAUAAUUUUCUGUCUUCUUUCCCCUCUUCCUCCCAGAUACACAGCACACAUGUACACUAUACAUAGGCUAUAUGAGUCAGUAAGUAUGCUCUGUGGCUCUCUACUGUUUGCUCCCUUGCUCGCAUUAUCUCCCAGCCUCCCUUCCCCCACUCUCUUUCAGUGACACAGAAAAACCAACGCCGCCCCCUCCCUCUUUGCUCGCUCGCUUCUUUCUGCCCCCCUUUCUCCAAUGAGAGACAAACACCAUACUCCUUUUUUUUUUUUUUUAAUUUAAACAUUUUUUAAAUUUUACUCUUUCUUGCUGUGUUUUUGCCAUUUAAUCUCUCAAUUUGCAUUUUUUAGUCAGAGCAUCUCCAUCACUAGAUUCUCUUCACUUCUCCCGUGUUGUUGCAUGUUCUCCUUUGCCCACUUCUCACUGAUGCUGUUCUGUUGCCUCCAGUGAAAACUGGUUUUGCCUACAAAUCCAUUGCAUGCUGCUUCCCCCCCUCCUCUCUAUUCAUUGUUCACUCCAUCUCCCUCCCUCCUCUGUCUAUCAGCAUCACUCCCUGGGAACCCACUUUUUUGUUUUCCUCCUCAGUAUUUUACGUUGCCUUUCCCUGCAUCUCCCCCUCCCCAUAUUCAUCUGUGUGCGCCUCUUUUACCCUAAUUUUAUAUGCAUCUUUUCCUCACAUGAGCUCUCGACACAAGGCAGCCUGUUAACUGGUUUGCAUCCAACAUGUGAGUGGAUAUUUAAAACCUCUUUUCACCAUUAUUUAGCACACACAUUUGCAUUUUGACGCUUUCUCUCAGUAAUCUGGUCAGAGUUCAGUCUGGUAGUCUGGAUAGAGAUUGGUCAGGUUGAUGGGAGUGUGCAUGGAUAUUGGUGGGGGUCGGUAUUAGAAGUGUGCCUCUGGUAGCCCAGUAUGAAGUGAGUGAGGGGUUGGACCCUGCUAAUCCCCGUUAACAGAUUAAUUAUCUUUGGGCAAUAUCGUGUCGCUGCCAUGUUGUGAAGUUGCUUGGGCGUUAAGCUAUGAAGGGCUACAAUGCAACGAUAAAGAGUCCCUUAGGGGUGUCUCCUCAAUCUUAAUCUCUCUCUCUCUCUCUCUCUCUCUCUCUCUCUCUCUCUCUCUCUCUCUCUCUCUCUCUCUCUC